AUGGACGCCAUUUACGGUCACAGGCCGUCUAACAAUGGACGGGAGUGUGGUGUGGACUCGGCCUCCUCGUUGCUUCUGUCCAUUGAGGAUCAAUCCCUUCCCACGACGGAGAUGACAGACGAGCCCCCACGGUCCCCAUCCCCUAUCCCUGGAGAACCACCGGCAGCGGCAUCGGCAUCCCCCGGCAGCGGCCUCCACCCAGGCAGCGGCCUCGAUUACUGCGGAGUCUGA